AUGGACCCCUGCUUAAGAAAGACUACCAAGCCAAUGAAGCCAGUGGCAGGCAUGAAGAGAUCUAAACUUCAGGAGGCGUUGACUGGAGGUAUUAAGAAGAUGAAAUCAUCAACUCCUUCUGAAACCCUGGUCAACAAGACUCUGUCGCAGCCGGGAUCCUCUUCAUCUGCUUUGUCUGACGAUGCAAAGAAAACAACUACAAUAUCAACUCAAUCUUCCCUUGCCGCCAAGACUCUUUCGCAGCCAGGCAAGACUCUGUCGCAGCCGGGAUCCUCUUCAUCUGCUUUGUCUGACGAUGCAAAGAAAACAACUACAAUAUCAACUCAAUCUUCCCUUGCCGCCAAGACUCUUUCGCAGCCAGGAUCUUCUUCUGCUUUGUUUGAAGAUAGAUUGAAGAAACCUUCUUCUGGUAACACUUCGUCGAAGAAACGGUCUGAUUCAUCGUCUUCCUCUUCUUCUUCUUCGUCAUCAUCUUCCUCGUCUUCUUCAUCGUCCUCGUCCUCUUCUUCUACGUCAUCGUCCAAAAAUCAAACAAUUAAGUCCCCUCUAUCCAUGCUUCUCUCUCCCAUAAUUCUCUCCUUGCUAUCUCCUAUUAAAUCUCCAGAAAAGCCAUCCACUCCCAAACGUAAGCCAUCUCCAAAACCUCAACCACAUAGCCUAACUCUUCCUAAUUUAAAUUCCUCCUCGAACCAAAAGCCUGACAUAGAUUCUCCUGAAAUUACCAUUCCAAACCCCCCACCCAAAUCCCUCCCUGCUGCACCCACUGUUGUUAGAAAACUCUUUACUAAAACUGAAUCCUCAAAAGAAUCCCUCCCCCCCCCAUUCAAACCCUUCUGA